AGCCGCCGCGGUGAGAGGACGUUCUUAGUGGUGGUCAGUGGGCGACCACUGCUGUGUGCACCUGGCUUCUCGUGUGACUCCCCGAGCGGGUACAGAGACAAGGACUCAGGCUGGUACGACAUGGCGCCCGUGCUGGCGUACGAGCGUGGAGCCUCGUACCCUGAUCUGAAAGGUCCGCCCCUGCGGGAGCCCCUCCAGGAUUACCUACGGCCCUCCAGGGACUCCCACAAUGAGGGCUACGGCCCGUCCCGCCGGAGGAGCUACCAGGACGAAUCGGCGCAGUACUUCGUGCGGGCGAGCCGCUCCUCCGGCCGCCCUCAUGAACCGCCUCGGAGGACCAAGUCGUCGGCCGCCAUCAGACCGUCUGAGUUUUUGCGCUCACGGGACUUUCGCGAAACUCUGAGUCCUUGUGGACGAGAUGAUGGCGGCGCCUCGUGGGCGUGGGAACCCAUGAGCGUCAGGGAAGCCCUACAGGGCCCACAGGUACCCUUCAGAUUCUGUCCGUCCCUGGCUGCGUGUCACAUCCCCCGCGCCUCCGUCAGAAUCCCACGCAAAUCAUUCAACAGGUAG